AUGAGUUUCCCACCACCAGGACCUCCUCCGCCGCCGUACUACGGACCUCCAGGGUGGCUUCCACCGCCUCCACAUAACAAGCCGAAUCAUCCUUACCCCCAUCAACCCCCCGGACAACUAUCAGGACACGGGCCAAUUCCAUAUCCCUACUAUAUACCUGGUGCUGUCAUGAUGCCAGUGCCAAUAAUGCCACAUCCACCAGAAGGUCAGCCAACAUACAUUACGAACAUUAUUUAUCAAGGAGAGUCUUCUCAGCCUUCUGAAGUUCAAAUAUCUGAAAGUGAAGGCGACUUCAAUUGGGUUCCGUCAACCGCGACCACUGCUAGCUCAUUGGCUGGGAAAGCUGUGAUAGGAGGACACGAAGGCUGGGACGGAAGUCCGUUGUGGGUUAUAAGAGCUUGGCACAAUGGAGAUCAGAUCCCUGGCAAGUUAUCAGUGAGACACAACGCUGCGUCGGUCAUGUAUAACGGAAAAGAAAUUCCGGUUCAGAAUAUCGAAGUUCUGUGCGCGAAGCCUGACAACCUGCGGUGGGUGCCGUCUUCCAAUGGAUCGGUUCCACCAUCAGCUAUUCCUGGAGGAAAAACGGCUAGUGGGGAGACACUGUACGUCGGAAGAGCAAGACAUCAGUUGUCCAUAACGCCAGGAAAGAUUCAUCCAAGUCACAAAGCAUGUUACAUAGGUUUUGGUGGCGCCGAGGUCGCACACAAUUUAUAUGAUGUUCUCUGCAGAAUAAGUUAA